AUGCUUGACCUCGACCAAUACAUACGUCCCGGUAGGGACUACUACCUCGCUUUGGGCAUGGAGGGGCUGGCCAACAAGUUGGGUAUCGGCGUGAUCAAGCACCACCGGGGCCCGCUUCUGGACACCAACCGGGCCGAGGUGCUUUCCAAUGUCCGUGACACUUAUAUGACGCCGCCUGGAGAAGGGUUUUUGCCUCGAGAUACAGCUAGACACCACCGCAACUGGGUGGUACGGGUGAUGAAGCUGGCCCUCGCCGAAGCCGGCGUCAGUGGCGACGAGUUGGACGUCAUUUGCUAUACCCAAGGUCCAGGGAUGGGGGGGCCUCUUCAGAGUGUGGUGAUCGCUGCCCGUACCUUGAGUCAGUUAUGGGAUCUCCCGUUGGUAGGAGUUAAUCAUUGUGUUGGCCACAUCGAAAUGGGACGAGAAAUCACCGGUGCCAAUAACCCAGUGGUGCUUUAUGUCAGUGGUGGGAACACUCAGGUGAUCGCUUACUCGCGUCAACGGUAUCGUAUAUUCGGGGAAACUCUAGAUAUCGCCAUUGGUAACUGUUUGGAUCGAUUUGCUCGUGUUCUUCAUAUCCCUAAUGACCCGUUCCCUGGUUACAAUAUUGAGCAGAUGGCGAAGAAGGGGAAACAUUUGGUCCAUUUGCCGUAUACAGUGAAGGGGAUGGACUUGUCCAUGCUGGGGGUGUUGGCAUAUAUCGAGGGCCUCGCCAAGGAGCUUGCCACUGACGACGAUGACGACACUAGUAACGAAGCUAAGCCCAAGCGGCAAAAGAAGAAAGUGUUACGUGACGAGGAGACAGGCGAAGUGAUCACCCGUGAAGACUUGUGCUACUCGUUGCAGGAAGUGUUAUUCCUGAUGCUUGUCGAGAUCACCGAACGUGCGCUUGCUCAUGUCGACUCUAAUCAAGUGCUUAUCGUCGGUGGUGUUGGCUCAAACGAAAGGUUACAGGAAAUGAUGAAGUUGAUGAUUGAAGACCGUAAAAACGGUCAAAUCUUCGCCACUGAUGAACGGUUCUGUAUUGACAACGGUAUCAUGAUUGCCCACGCUGGGCUUUUAGCUUAUCGUAUGGGAGAAAAGCAAAAGUUAUCUGAAACGGUUUGCUCUCAACGGUUCAGAACUGAUGAGGUGUUUGUUGCAUGGAGAGAUGAUUAA